AUGCACAACACUGCUGCGGACUGGGAUAUUCUAAAUUUCUUUCGAGUGAAACAUAGGCAGGUGAAGCAUUCUAUUCCGGUUGAAUGUUCUUGGUCUCCUCCUGAUGUUGGGGAGUUACUUUUGUGUUGUGAUGGUGCAUCCAAAGACAUUCCCGGAACUGCUGGUGCUGGUGUUGUCGUUAGAGACCAUGACUGUAACUUUGUGGGAGAAAUGAGUAUUGGUCUGGGUAGAACAAAUAAUUUCUUGGCGGAAUUGUAUGGGGUGAUUGUUGGUUUGGAAUGGGAUGUGAAGUGGGCAGUUCGUAAAGUGGUGGUGCGUUCAGAUUCUAUUGGUGCAAUAUCAUCUUUUUUGAAUUCCAAUAUUCUUUGGUUUGCUAGACAAAGGUGGAGAAGAAUACAAGAUAACUAUGAUUCAAUUCGUUUUGGACAUACUUAUCGGGAAGCUAACUUUGCGGUUGUUUCCAUGGCAAAAAGAGGUUGUUUACUUAGAAAUGGCGAAGGGUUGAAUUAUGAUGAGAGGCCUUAUUUUCUACAUUCUUUAGAAUAUCAUCAUGUCUCUUAUUUCAGAUUUAAAUAG